ACAGGCAGCCGGUGGUAGCUGAAGGAAUCUGGCUCACUGGGCACCGAGUCACACACGCACACCGGGGAAGUACUCGUGGAUUCAGCCGCUGUGAGCACAAGAGUCUGGCCUCUAUUUCAGCGGGAAGAGAGUCUUUUAUCGGCUGUAAAAACAGGAAAUGACCAUGAUGGCUGUCCUUGGCAGCGCCGGUCGCCUGAUUCAAUUCGCCAGGAGCAGCGUCAGUCUGAGUUUGAGGAGACGAUCCACUGCUGCUGCUUUAGCCCAGACUCCAGACACACAGGAGAGCAGGAAACCCAAGACGGGAAUCUUGAUGCUGAACAUGGGAGGACCAGAGAAACUGGAAGAUGUUCACGACUUCCUGCUGCGGCUCUUCAUGGACACAGACCUGAUGAAACUCCCUGUACAGAAUAAGCUCGGCCCGUUCAUCGCAAAACGUCGAACGCCAAAGAUCCAGGAGCAGUACAGUAAGAUCGGAGGAGGCUCGCCCAUCAAACACUGGACCUCCAUGCAGGGCGAGGGGAUGGUGAAGCUGCUGGACGAGAUAAGUCCCGAGACAGCGCCUCACAAGUUCUACAUCGGUUUCCGGUAUGUUCACCCUCUGACGGAGGAAGCCAUCGAGGAGAUGGAGAAAGACGGAGUGGAGAGAGCUGUGGCCUUCACGCAGUAUCCUCAGUACAGCUGUUCCACAACAGGGAGCAGUCUGAACGCCAUCUACCGUUACUACAGCAACAGAGGCGAGAGGCCGAAAAUGAACUGGAGUGUCAUUGACCGAUGGCCCACACACCCUCUGCUGGUGGAGUGUUUUGCAGAACACAUCAGUAACGAGCUGCUCAAGUUUCCAGAAGACAAGAGAGACGACGUGGUCAUUCUGUUCUCUGCACACUCGCUCCCCAUGGCUGUUGUAAACAGAGGAGACCCGUAUCCUCAGGAGGUCGGAGCCACAGUUCAGAGAGUCAUGGAGAGACUGGGACACUGUAAUCCUUACAGACUGGUGUGGCAGUCCAGGGUGGGUCCCAUGGCGUGGCUCGGCCCCCAGACAGACGACGUGAUCAAAGGUCUGUGCGAACGAGGGAAGAAGAACCUCCUGCUGGUGCCCAUCGCCUUCACCUCCGACCACAUAGAGACUUUACACGAGCUGGACAUCGAGUACGGACAGGUGCUGGGGGAGGAGUGUGGGGCGGAGAACCUGAGGAGAGCAGAGUCUCUGAAUGGAAACCCUCUUUUUAUGAAGGCUUUGGCAGACCUGGUCCAGUCCCACCUGAAGUCCAACCAGCCGUGUUCCCGCCAGCUGACCCUUCGCUGCCCGCUGUGCACCAACCCCACCUGUGGAGAGACCAAGGCCUUCUUCGCCAACCAGACGCUCUCAUAGAAUCACACACACACACACACACACACACACACACACUCUCUCUCAAGGCCUUGUUGAGUAAGCAGAAGACUCAUACACACAAAUAAGCGCACACAGUCUCUCCAGAAAGAUUGUCGUUUACAAAGAAUACAAAGAACUGUCCAAAUAGUUUCUGCAAAUUCCUGUCGACGUUUGUUUUACCCGGCCUUCAUGUCGCUCUGGAGAAUCACAGCAUGUCUGUGAUAAAGUUAAUUCAUACAUUAGUUCCGGUCAUAUGGGAGUGGAUACUUAGCGCAUAGAUGUGAUUGUCCUGAGUCAGAACUUUCAGAGAGAAAUAGAGGAGACCAAUGAGCACUGAAAUUAUUUAAAAAUCCUGCACUUGCAUCAAAACUUUUAACUUGAACCAGAUUAAAAAAAACAAGCAUUGCAAAGGUUGAGUCCUUGUUGUCUUGCAGGCAGACUUGAAAAAUGAAUUUAUCGUUCAGACAGACCCCUAAAAUUGAAUGGAUUGAUAAUAUUUAAAAAAACUUAAACAAAAGUUAGAAUUUGCAGAAACUAUUUGGUAAAACUCGAUGAGCUGACGGUCUGCAGAAACAGCCCACGUUGAAUCAAAGCUUCAGGAAAAAGACGCUUUACACAAGUUUAUUUUUUUAAUAUUGCUUCCCUGCUUACAUUCCUUUCACUAAGCCCCUGCAAAACCCCUACAGAGACCCUGUUGCUCCUACUGCUGGCGCUAAUUAAUAAACAGUUGGCCGUAAUGACUGCGGUGCCAUCCUGCUGCAAUCCCUGCAAUGUGAUUGGACGAGGUUAGUUCUCCUAAAGUGCUGCUGCUUUAUAGAUUGAAGCCAGGAUUGCACGGCUUCUUUAGGUAAUUGACUUAAGCAGUGCCACUUAAACCAUGCAUGGAUCACAAACUACACUUUGGACUGUGUAAAACCUUCAGCGAUGACUUCAGGCCUUUAAAGUUCUAUCACUGCGUGCACGCUGACUAAAAGAUGAUAUUGUAUUUCACUCGUACAAUUCAGAUCUUCAUCUUUGUUUAGCUGCACAAUAAGCAAAAAAGAAUAGCACAAAGGUUCAGCGAGGCGGACAUUUUUAAGUAGCACAGUCGUGUCAAACAUCGCAGACGGCAGGUGUAGAACUAGUUUUUUUUUCAGACUUCUGUCUGAUACAGUUCUUCAUGUUGCUUUGUACACUCAGACCUCCUCGAUCACAUUGCAGUUACUCAAUGUGAGAAACGUUUGAUUGACAGCUCCUUUUGGUUAUUAAAGAAUGCUAACAUAGUUUCACAUUCAGGUGCUACACCUCCAUAGAAAUGCUGAAACAUUGGAGGUUUGAUCCGAUCUCACGUCCUGUUGGUUUGGAUGCGACUCCCUAACAAUGUGUAAAUAUGUGACCCGUUUACAUGGGUAUGUUAUGACAUCUGAUCCUGCUGCCCCUUUACUCUUUUUGUCCUGUUUUUUUUUUUUUGCAACGAUAAUGUGCCUUUAACACUGGCUAAACUAGAAAAACUGGAGUUGUGUGUCUUCAUGUUAUUUUUUUUGUUUUAGAGUGCUUAGCCAAAUAUUAACAGGAAAAAUCCUCCCACAAAUCUGAAUUUUCAUGUGCCUGCUGUGAAAAAAAGGUCCUGACCGAAGUGUUCAGAACGAAGCUAAACGAAGAAGCUUACCUUCAUCAGCGAGAUAAAGGAAAACAGGCGCACAUCCUGAGAAACCCUGGGUUUAUCCUCGGGUAGCUUGAAGAGGCAGCAAAGUGAAUCCAGAUACAGUUCUUGAAAUUGGUCAAAUUAAGAGGACCUUGUGUGCCUCGAGAUUAUGUUGAGAUCCCACAUACCAACCUCAGAAAACUCACUCGUCCACACAUAACCGACCGAGGGAAUUAAAGACGAAUAAUCCUGCAAACAAACUUUGUGCAAGGACAGAAAGGCAAAACAUUUGCUUCACUUUUAGUCUGAGUCUUCAUGCUCGCUUUAGUGACGAUACAGAGCAAGCAAAAAGACGCCAAUACACUUCUUGUUGGUGUGAUGUUGAAGUUGUUCCAACACCAUCCAAGACCUAAAAAAGACCAGAGUCUCUCAUUCCCCUCUUGUCUUUGUGUCAUCUUGGUGACAUUAAAAGGCAUGAAGCUUGUUGCUAACACUCAGGUCAUCCUUGUUUCAUGGCAGCACAGAGAGCAUGCACGGUACUAGUUGCUUGAUUUUGGUGCUGUUGGACGUGGUUGCCUUUGUUGAGACUAUGUUCCCACAACACGCACUGUAACAAGGAUCCACCAUUUAUAACGUCUUUGUACUUUCAUAUUGAUUCUGCAAAGGCGUGAUAUUGGUGCCCCAGUCUGUGAUUUCACCCCUUGUAGCGUCUCUGAUGGCGGUACAGAGGUGGGAUGACUUGGUAGGCCUCUGUGACAUUCAUAAUAAGGGCAGGAAGUCACAGGGGUGAAAUAUCGUGCCUUGAACAGGCGAUCUGUAUCGAGCUUUUGAACACCAUCUAAACGUCACCAUGUUAAUGUGAAGCUUGAAGACUUAAAAACCUAAAUCUAAGUCUUCACUUUGCAUGUGUAGCCUCAUCAAACCUCCUACAAGCAUUUAAAAUUUCCAACAAUGUUUUCAUGAGUUGUACAGUUGUUUUUAAGGGGUACAGUUUCUUCUUCCACUGUGUCAUUCAUACAGCAAUGCACUUUUAUCAACUGUCAUACACCACAAACAGCAUUAUUUUCAGAACUCUUCCACGGACUUCAAAAGGGAUUCUUUUGAUUUUUUGAGGAAGAUCUAAAUGAAUUUUAGAGGAGCAUUUCUCUAAUUUUGGCUGGUUUAUCUCACACGUAGUGAGGACUCAAGCCAGACUAAACUUUAAAGGUCACAUAUUAUUCAAAAUCCACUUCACCAUGUUUCUCUAACACUAAUGUGUCUCUAGUCUGUCUACA